AUGCGGAGCGAGGGAGUCGAAUCGACGACAGCGAAGAGUUCCUCCGGCUCCGAGGGCGGAAGCAAAGGGAACCUCCCGCCGGCGAAUUCCUCCGCGCCCAUCCAAGCUGAGGCGGUGGCUCUGUCCAAGAAAACGCAGGGGAAGAACAAGAAGAAGGUGAGGAUGACACAGGAACAGAUCGACAGCUACCUCUCAUACAAGAAGCCGGAGCCAAUGUUACCUGUAGUGUGUCCUCGCGCGGUCUUCGAUGCCUUUCCUCAAGAGAUGUUGGACCGCUUGUCCAAGGAGACACUAGCUAGGUGUCUCGCUAUAGAUCCAAAUAGCACCAACCGGAUAAUUGUCAAAAGUAACGCGGAGGACAACUAUGAUGCAAUGGAAGCAGAGGACGUCCGGAGACAGUACGAGGAGAAAGGAUAUGUCGAAUACGAGGUCACUGACGACGACAAGGAAGAAGACACUCCUGUUGCUCCUCGUGCUACAGCUCCAUCUCAAGUCUACCCUGCUGCUGGACGGAGAUGA